UGUAAUUUCAACGAGCAUGUCAUUUGAAGACCGCGCCUGAGACGAUUACUACGGAUAUAACGUGUGGAGAUCCUAAGUUUCUGAUAAAUACGCCGUACAACUCCCAUGGUUUCUCAUAAUUUCUACCUCGUGAUUCGGAUAUAGCAUUAUUCUAGAAUGCCCAGCACACUUUUUACAGAAAUGGAUCAUAAUACUGAUGGGCUGGAGGACCAUCAAAGGGCCCUUCAGUCGUUAGCCUUUAAUUUGUCCAUGCUCGGACUCAGCAAUGAAGAUGAUGGCCCGUCAGCUAUGGAUGAUAGGGGAAGGAAAAGCAGUAAUAUGACGGAAUGUGUACCUGUACCAAGUUCGGAACAUGUAGCAGAAAUUGUUGGUCGACAAGGUUGCAAGAUCAAAGCCCUGAGAGCAAAAACCAACACAUACAUCAAGACACCGGUUAGGGGCGAGGAGCCAGUCUUCGUUGUCACAGGCAGGAAGGAGGAUGUCGCUGCCGCAAAGAGGGAGAUCUUACAGGCAGCAGAGCACUUCAGCCAGAUCAGAGCAAAGCGAAACCAAGGUCAUUCUGGAGUGCCUCCCGGUCCACCCCCUCCUAACAUCCCUGGCCAGACAACAAUACAAGUACGAGUGCCGUACAGAGUGGUCGGUUUGGUCGUCGGGCCGAAGGGCGCCACCAUCAAGAGAAUACAGCAGCAAACCAAUACGUACAUCGUCACACCAAGCAGAGAUAAUGAGCCCGUGUUUGAAGUGACUGGACUGCCCGAUAGCGUUGAGCAAGCAAGGCAGGAGAUCGAAGCCCACAUUGCAAUGCGCACUGGAGGUUUGAUCGAUUCCACAAGUCCAGAGGAUGAUUUUGCCAACAAUGGUACCGACAGGGGAAUGGUCGAUGAUAUCAGUCUGUAUAAGACUGGUCCAAGUCCAUUUGCUCAACCUGUCGGAGGUGCUAAGCCCAUGAUCCAGAGAAGCAGCAGUGACAACUACUUCUUCCCCACCAACAUCACGACAACGUCGACAUCAACAACCACAACAAACGGUACCACAGAGUUCAACCCUCUUGCCAAUUCCUUCACCUCAACAGCUAAGACGGCAUACAACCUCUUCAACGGUUCGACGCCAGAGCUUGGUGUGGAUUCUCAUGUUUAUGAAGGUCCUCUACCAGCGACUGGAAUCCCAACCCAGCAGCAGCUCUCUAUGUGGCAGGAUUUGACAGGGGUCAACGCUGCCUUUGGAAUACCUCAGAUCUCCAGGCGCAGCAGCAGCAUCAGCUCAGGGAGCAACGAGCCGGCAGUCAAUGGAAUCAACGAGCAUCCACCAGCGAGACGCAUCCGUAGUGAUCCCUUGAACGGUGGAUUAUCGGUGCUUCCAACGCCCCUGCCUUCAGCCUUCCCCGUCACAUCAUCAAGUAGCACAUGCAGCAGCCCAACGGAUUCAAUCGGAUCUGGGUCCCUGUCGGCGCAGAGUAAGAAGCAGUGUAUGGUCUGUAGCGACAAUGAAAUUGUUGCUGCUCUUGUGCCAUGUGGCCACAAUCUCUUCUGCAUGGAAUGUGCCAACUCGUUGAUCAACAAGGAGAAUUCUCCCUGUCCUAUGUGCCAUGAGCCCGUCACUCAAGCCAUUCGUAUCCAGUUCACGUAGGAAUACGCCCCUGGACACUUUUGGCUAUAACCCCCUCAAAAUGUACACAUUCUUGUUGAGUUUUCAACAUAAAUCUAUAUAAAGUACUCCCCUUAUGAAGAGAUAUUUUUUCAUAUGAAUUUUGUUAUAUUUCUAAUUUUUAGAGGUCAACAUUUUUGUCUAUUUGAGUUGUGAGUGAAAGAGAGUGUUUCUUAUAAAAAAUUGCAAAUAUUUGUUUUUUUAUUUCAUGUGUAUUGUGAUAUGUAGUCGAAGAGAUUAUGAAGGACAUCAAGUAUUUUAUUCAUCAUACAAUAAAAAAAGAGAUUCUAUUUGAUACAAUAUGUCUACAGAAUAAAGGUCUUAUUUAAUUUGAAUUUAUCUGCUGGAUGUUGUGCAUUGUAAGAGCUUUAUUUAAAGAGAGAAAGCAUUCGGCUUGUACAGUAUACCUAUUCAUACAAAUGAAGAGUAUUAAACAAGAGUUUUCAUUCUAUCGCAUAUGUGACAAGUAACCAUGACACUUUCAGUUAUAAAAGAGAAAGAGAGAACCAUGGAAAUAAUGAAAUAUAUCUAAGUAUUACUUCAAGUAUAUUUUACCCUGUUGAUAUUUUAAAUAGCUGUGACAAUAGAGGUUAUUUUUAUUCUAUUUGUAUUAAUGGGACUGGAACCCGUUAUUAGGUGCCCGUGCCAAUAGGCCUAGCAUUUAUCAUACAUACUCUUUAUUAUUAUAUUUGUACAAAAGUGAAAAAUACUGUCAUAUUGUAAUUUAUGUUGCACCUCAUUUUUAGUGUUUUUAUUUUUAAUAUAUUUCAAAGCAGUUAUGUAUACAUGUAUAUGUAGCAUUGCUAUAUUUGACCAAAUAUUCCAAUGGUAUGAUGUCUAACUGAAAAUAUGACAAAGAGAUAUCUCAUUUAUUUUCCAUGUAAACCCAACCUGCAUUCAGCCAAAACAUGUAUUUCAAAAUGAAAAAUAGAAAAAUACAUAAAAAUAAAAGAGUUUUAUUUUUUGUCAAAAAGUCUAAUGUAUAAUUGAUAUGUUGCCGAGAAGUGAUUGUGUGCUGGUUUUUGUACUUUGAGCUUUUUUAUGUUAGGAAAAAAAAUCACAUCCACUGGUUUGGAGGAGAAAGUGCAUGAUUUUUUUUUUUCGUCUCAAUGUUGACCAGUUUUUUGCCAAGUUUUCAGAUAUUAUGAAAAAGAAAUGAUAUAAUUAUAUAUUAAGAUAUAGAGUUAUGAUGAGAUGAAAUUUUGCUAUUUUUGUAGUUAAAAAAAAGAUGAAUUAGGGUUGAUUCCUCUUAUGGUGAGAUCUCUGAAAAAAUUGCUGCAAAUGUAAAGAUUUAAUGACUUUCCUGUACAUUGAAAUCAGUGAAAUGAUUAUAGGAAUGUGUAAUGCACUGUCUUAUUUGUUAAUGAGCCAACUCCUUUUGUGUUAGUAGAUGGAGAUUAACCAACACCAUCAUCUCUGUAAUAUCAAACCCAUCAGUGUCUUAUAUGACCAAUCAAUAACCUCUAUACAUUUUUAUUUUUGCUAAUAGCCCUAUGCCGCAUAUACAUGGACAAAAACUCACUUUGUACUUGUACCAGUUCUCGUCUUGUGAAAAGGAGAGAAAAAAAAUAGAAGAUGAAUAUUGAAGUUUUAUUAACUACUCUUUUGUCACCUUGUAAAAGUCUGUGUGCGAAUCGUGUGGUGUAUGUGUUAUGUGUCCAAAAACUACAGAUUUAUUGUACAAGAAAAUAAUUAUUUGUGACCAAUCUGUGAAGUCUAUUAUGUGUAUUAUAACUGUAAAUGUUAUUUUUGUUAUAUUAUUAUAAAUACAGAAAAAUGCAAUCAGUAGUAGUUACAAGAAAUGGACAGAAUAUGAAAGAAAAAUAUUUUUUUCUGAGAAAUUUCUUUGAAAUAGCAAAACAUCUGGACAGAUGACAUAUGUUUUUGUUCAUGCGUUCAUA